UUAUUUAUUUUUUGUUUGUGGUGGUCUGAUGUUAGUCUUUUUUUUUCUUUCUUGGUUUUGACGAUAAAUCUGGUCGACCCUCAUGUUAUCUCAGUCACAUUUUAUGGUUGACAUUUAUUAUUUACUUACUGUUCAGUAUAUGGAUGAUGAAACACUGUGAGUGUAUGUUGAUUAGUCUGUGUGUACUUCAGUAAUAAUAAUAAUAAUAAUAAUAAUAAUAAUAAUAGUGAUAGUUAUUGUUGUUGUUUUAUUUAUUAUUAUUGUGAAUGUUUCAUGUGUGAAAAAAAGCUUUAUUAUAAUUUUAAAUCUAAAACUCAGUUAUUUUUCUGAAUUAUAUGACUCAAAAGUUGUAAAACAUGUAAAACUCCAGAAGUGUUAAAUAUACGUAAACGUAGAAGGAAUAGCUGUAAUAGUGAGCCGAUCAUUUCCGAAUAUUUCACGUGUUUGCUGGUGACGUCACUUACGUCUGAUGUCAUCGACGUGCGCAUGGCAUAUUAAUACGGAAGUGUUAAGAUACUUUAUUGUUUGAAAGAGUAUUAUUUAAUCUCUGUAUCAGACAUAUUUAUAUGUUCUAUAUUUAAAUGUAUUGUAUAUGAAUAAUAUUUAGGCAUCAUGAUCUUCAGUUUCUGCUUCAGCUGUGUGUUUGCACUGCUGGUAAAUAAAGUGUGUCUGCAGGUCACAGUCGAGGGGUUUAUCUAUGGUUCUGUUGUUCUGCCGUGUUCUUCAACUCAACAUGAUCUUAAACUUCAAGACAUUGAUGUGAGCUGGAGACACAAUGGCAGCAAAAUUAUAUUUGAUAUAAUUCCACACAGUAAUUCACCAGUGACACAGGAUCCAGAGUACAAGAACAGAAUUGAAACCUUCCCUCAGGAGUAUCAGAGAGGAAACUUCUCCAUCAAACUCAACCAUCUUCAACACACUGAUGCAGGAGAAUACAUUUGCUAUAUCAAAAACUCCGAUAAAUAUCAGACUCUAAAGCUGAUCAUCAAUGGAUCAAUAUCCAUUGAACAGGGAAACCAAGGAGUAAUAGAACGGGAGGGACUGGGGCCAACACUGCCUUUGGUCUUGGUUUGCAUUAUAUCAGCUGUGUCAUUGGUUAUUAUUUUCAUUGCAGUUUUCUUUAGAAAAAGGUGCUCAAGCAGCCAGAGGGAAACUGGAAACGUCAUGAGUUUGGCCACUACUGAAUUAUGUAUGAAUCACGUUGAUAAUCCUAUUUAAAAUGUUCCUGAAACAUGCCUUCAAUCAUUCAAACACCUGCUGUAAACAAGCACUGAAAGAAAGAGACAUAAGAACACAAACUACAAUUUUCUUCAGCAACAGCAUUAGAUGAAAUGAAGAUAAAAGACUUUAAAUCUCUCAAGAUCUGAUUAAACAAGUCCUCAAACAGCAUUUCCAGCUUCAAUUGUUACUAACUAGAUUUACUUUAUUUCUGUCACACAUCUACAGAAAUUCUUGUUGAGAAUUAACAGAGGUUAAGAUGUCGAAAUUUUUUUGUUGGUGUCACCACCAUGGGGGUCACUGUUUGUUUUAACCCUCUGAGGUCUAAGGGCAUUUUUGGGGCAUGGAGAAGUUUUGUCAGGCCCUGAUAUUUAUUAUUAUUUUUUUUUUCAGUUUCUUAUACCCAUACAAAUGGCUAAAGUCUAAUCUCACUGUAACCAGUACAAAUUGGGCUAUAAUAAUAUGUGAGCAGCAUGUAUGUAAUUGAUUGUGUUUAAAAAAAAAAAAAAAAAAAAAAUGUUAUGCGUGGUUAGUAUAAAACUAAAAAUGUCAAAUCACUUGAAUAAGGUCAUAAAACACAUACAGAACAUUAGUUCCCGGGAUUUUUGAGAACUGGAGCUUGUAGCCAAAUGUUUUUUCUUUCUAAAUUAUGUGAAAAUCAUCUUGUUUACUCACUUACAGAAAACAAUAUAUUGAUUUAGAUUUUUUAAGACACUUUUUGUUGGUAAAAUUCAUAGGCGAGUAGGCGUCAACUACCAUGAAUAUCAUUGUGAUUUACACCUGAGAAGACCCACAUAAUGAGCUGCAUAAUGAGCCUUAAUCUAUAUACAUCUUAAUCAAAAUAAAUCUAUAUAUUUUAUGUUUGUAGUUUAUUUAGAAUAUAUUUAAUUAUCCCACAACAUAAUUUAAUAUCCACUUGCGAGUGCAGUUAAACAGUUUAUUAGGAACAAUCAAAGCUGAUUUUUUAGCACCAUUACUUGGUUUAUUAAUUACAUUACAUUAUUAUUAAUUUUGAAAAGAGCUGAGAAUAUUUUUUUCAGGUUUUUGGGGGAUAAAUUGAAAGAACAGCAUUGUUUGUUACAUUUGUUACAUUUACAUUUAUUUUUUACAUUUAAAUUAUUUACAUCAAGCUUUUGAAUGGUAUAGUAUCAGAAUCAGAAUCAGAAUGAGCUUUAUUGCCAGGUAUCUUUACACAUACGAGGAAUUUGUUUUCGUGACAGAAGCUCUGCCGUGCAACAGAAUGACAGCGACAGAACAAAAAACACAUAAUAAAAGAAUAAAAAAUACAAAUAAGUAGGUACGGAAAGACAUUCCUUACCUACAGUAGUAGUGUAUAUUGUUAUUGAAACCUCAUAAUGUUUCAUUUGAUUAUACAUUUAGUGAAAGUGACGAGAAAGUGACAUGACAUUCAGCCAAGUUUGGUGGCUUUUAAAAAUGUUCCUCAAAUGUACAGAAAACUGAAGAAAAAAAAUAUGUUCCCAGAACAAACACUGAAUAUUUGGAGAAUGUUCUUAUAACAAAAUUAUGUUAGCUGGGAACCUAGGCUUGAAUUAUACUGUUCUUCAUUAAAAA